UUUCCACUUUCUAUAUUUCUAUACGCAUUCCAGAAUAAGCAACUCAAGUGGAGCAACUGCAAUGUCUAUCAAUAAGCAGAUAAGAUACGAAAGCACUUUUUUAUUACAAAACAUUUGAAAUCUCCGACAUAAGACAUUGCGCAAUAUUUCAAUGUCUUCGUUUGUGCAAUGAGAACUUCAAAAAUUACAUCAAUUUUUUCGCAACGAUGCUACACGUAUAUAAUUUGUAAGUGUAAGUGGUAGAAUGGUGUAAUAAUGAGCGUUAGAUAGGCCCACAUACAUACAUACCUAAAUGGGUUACUGGGUCACGUUGUAAGACAACAAAUGCCAAACCAAAAGUUAUCAAAAAUAUUUGAAAAUUUUUUGGGUAUAAAACCUGUACCAUCCGCCAGCAAAUGUCACAGUUAGCCACAGCGUACGAGACACGAAAUAUCAACAACAGUGCCUUACAGUACUUAGAACGUAGUGUUUUUGGCGAGAAAAGUUGAAAGCUUAUAAUCCCAAAAAAAAACUAUUUUUAUUAUUUGAAAUAUAUUUUCCAAUUUUCUUCUUUUUGGCAAAAUGAAAGUAAGUUUCACUGUUUUUUUGUUGACUGCCGCCAUUUUCGCUUACACCAAUGCUGCAGAGCAAGUUCUUGGUGUUAUAGGCCCAACUAAUUCAAUAUUGGCUAUGACAACGGUACAGCGACGCUUCCGAUUGGGACAAGUGGUGACGGCGGACUAUACAUUUACAGGUACUUCAACCACAGCAUCAGUUUCUGGCAUCCGUAUUAGGGACAACAAACGGGCGAACAAAUCUCCUGCCGUCACAAUCACGGCUGGCGCCUUGAGUUCCACUACUAUCACAAUAAGACUAACGUCGCAACGCGGUCUAGGUAUUAAUAGUGAAAUUACCGUUUAUGGCACACCAUAGGUCAAGAUGCUUAGGCGAAAUAUUUCGGCUUAUUCACUUUAGCUCCAUAUAAGUCAUACGAUUUUAGAUUAAGUUCAAUUAAUGGAAAGGAAAAAUU